GUAGUCAAGCCACAUACUCCGUUAAUUAAGUUCCCAGACAGAAAAAGUAGUCCCAGACCUAAAAUACAGGAAUCUCUACAAGCAAGCGUGCCAUCUCUCCAUGCUUCAAAAGCACAGGAGUCUUUAGGAGGCAGGUCACCAGCUUUUCAGAAUAUUUCACCUGUUAGUAGAGUACCGGGUACACCAGACACUUCUGAAUUAGCAAGAACCUUACCUCAGAAAUACAGAAGGAGACUUAUGUCAGAUGAAGAGAUUGAGUAUAUUCAACGUGGCGGUCCAGAAUAA